CAAAAUUUGGAUGCAGACAUAUCCUAAAUUAUGAUCAACUUCCAUCAUUCCUUAUUACUGCUACUAUAAAAAUAUAAGUAAUUCCUUGGGUUGCGAAUGACAUAAAUAUCACCACUACGUGCAGAGUACUCAUUGAAGCAGUUCUUCUUUAUCACUUAUCAAAGUUUGUUUCAUUCUAAGAAAGAAGUGAGUUUGAAAGCAGUUGAUCGGCUUGGAAAUAUUAAGGUUUUAGUUUAAACGAAGAAAAAACAGAGGCGCAGCAGGGUGAUUUGAAGUUUACGAUUAUGGGAUCUCUUAUGGCUGGUUGGGACUCCCCUGUCCCUGAUCCUAGACUUGAGAAAUUGAGGAGGAAUAGUUCAUUAACAAGGGACGAAAUCCAAGCCUUUUGGCGAUCCAGAAAAGCUAAGGAAGAGGAACAUCUCCGGGACAUUUCUAGUUUAUCCCCCCGCAGUCAGGAACUUGUGUUCGAGGAUGCUAGAAGAAGGAAUCAAAGAUCAAGUUCCUUGCCGUUACCAGACACGAACGACGAUGAUUUUGAUAUGAAAUCUGACCAGCUUGGCAUAGACAAACUGAUCCAAAAGAACGGCUGGUGGAUUAGCAGCAAUUGGGCUUUUCUAAAUGAGCCACCAGUGAUUGGAAAUGAAGGGCGGCAGUACAAGUAUGCAUCGCAAUUCCAUGUAGCAAACAUGGGUCCUUCCUCACAUACCCACAAUGCCCAAACCGGAGUUGGUGCGUGAGGCCCAUAUAAAGUGGGCCCUGUCCUUGUUGUACAUAGAGAGUUGGCGAGUUUAUUAGUUGCUUGUGCGUUUUGAUACUCCAUCUCCAAAAUAAACAAGAGAGGAUUUUAAUGCGGGGAGAAGAUAUGUAGGUUUAUUGUUAUGGUUUGUUAGGGUUUCUCCCCUUAUGAUGUUUUCGUUUGCGGUUGUGUGUACCUAGUGAAAUUAUGGCAAUGUUGUACAUAUAUUGCGGCUUUGUGUUGUGGGUAGCGAGUUGAAUUACGAGAAUGUUGUACAUAUACCUUGGCUUUGUAACUUACAAUGGUUUUAUUUUUGUGCACAUUCGAAUUAUCUAAGUGAAUAAUUCCACAACAAACAUAGAUGUCACAUU